AUGACUACCGACCACGGUGGUAUUAAUCAAACUAAAGAUGAUGGAACUACACAAGGCAGGCAUGGUGGAAGUAGUGACGAUGAAAUGAAUGUAUUUUUAGCCGUUUGCGAUCCAGGAAUCACUCCCAACUCGAAAAUUGAAGGAAAAGUAGUUAAUAUGGACUGUGCGGCUAUUAUUCUUAAAGCUCUAGGAGUAGAGAUUCCGAAAUAUUUUGAUGCCAAAUUGCCAUUUUCUCCUUUGUCUAAAUUCACUAUCAGAUCAGGAGGUCAAACAGGAGUCGAUCAAGGAGCCUUGGAUGCUGCUCUUGAUUAUAACGAAAAGACAAGCGAGUCUUUUGUUCUCAAUAUUACCGGAAAAAUCCCAGAAAAAUAUCCACUCAUUGAAACAAAAACUUCUGAAUACGAAGAAAGAACCAAAUUAAAUGUCCGUGACGCUGACGCCACCUUGAUAAUACUUUUAAAUUCCACCACCUCCG